CGUCUGGGCCCAUGCGAGGUGGUUGGAAGCCUCCUGCCUCACUACCCGAUCCGCGCCCGCCCAUAGGAACCCCAUGGUUCAGCCCGCUUCACUGCUGGUUGUCCUGGGGAGGUUCAUUUCUGGUUCGACCCAAGUGGGUCCAACCGGUCGGACCGGUUUGGUUUGACCCGAACCCGGUAUUGUCACCUGCCUACAUCUGGUCCAACCCGGCUGGCCCCUGUUGGUUUCGGUCCACCUUUCUGGCCGGCCCGCCAGACUCAUGUCAUCCUCUUCUGGGGCUUGUUCUGGGCCCAACCACCCUAGCCCAUUUGGGUACCAAGGUCCGACCUCCCUCUUCUUCAUGGGUUGUUGGGCCUAGCGACCCCGACCCCCAUUCGAGUCCCACAUUAUCUUAGCCUGGCAUUUUGGUCUUGCCAUGCCGUGCCGCCAUCUCUUGCCCUAGCUCGAUUUUCGUGGCCGACCCGCCUGCCCCUGCAGUAGUCAUUGCCGCCGCCGCCGGGUUCGCGGCUCCUACCAACGACGACUGGCUCGCCGUGCCUCCCCACCCGAAGCCGCCGCCGAGGCUGGCUUUUCCCUAACCUCGAGCUCGAGUCCCAUGGCGUUCUCGAGUAUCAGCUGUUUUCCUUGUCUCGCUUCCGCAUCCCGUGCCGGUUUGCUUAGAGCUCGUCGAAUUUCAUCCAUCUCUUUUUGAUGUCUCUUCUCCGCCAGCUCUCGAUCUGCCAUCAGUCUCUUCACAACAACCUAGAGUUCGUUCACCGCAACUUGGAGUUCUUCGAUCUCGGUCUCGUUCACCGCCCUGACCGUCUCCAGCACCCGUGCCGCAAGUUCCUUGCCACCUUCGGAGCGAUCGCCGUCGGCCAGGCCUCAUCGUCGUCGCUCUGUCCUGUCGCUGCGGUGGUCGCAGCUGCCUUUUCCCGGGCCGCCUCCUUUGUGGCCUUCUCCGCAGCCUUCUGUGAUUUGAAACCUAAAAUGAGGGUUCUAUCGAUUUCUAGGGAUUUGGGUAAACGAGGCAAAUCACCAAGGUAGUGACUCGCCUGAAUGGAGAAAAUGGGGAAGGAGAGGUGUUUUGGAAAUUGAGAAGGGAGGAAGAAGAGUGGCCGCCGAUCGGCAGCAGUGAAGGGAAGAAGGAGAGUUCGGCCGAGAGGAGGAGAGAGAAGGGAAGUAGAGAGUGUUUUAGGGUUUAAUCUUGCUUAGUGGUCUAAUCCCACGUACAAGUAUUCCUAUAAAAAAAAUGGACAAUUCCAUACUGCUGCCCGAAUUAUUAAAUAUCCCCAAAUAAGUCCUACAAGUUACAAAAAUAACAAACCGACAAAGAUAAUCCGAAUAAAAAAAUUAAGGAAAAAUGCGCGUUUCUAUCACAUCCAUUUCUCUCGACCUUGAGUUUUUUUUUCAAUAAAUGCAUAACCUCUUA